AUGUUCAGCGAUAAGUACAAAUAUGAAAUGAAAUUCAAUGAUGAAGAAAAACAUAUACCUUCAAUAAUAUCAAAUUUGAACGGAUUAUUGCUUCGUAUGCAUCUAAGCAAAGGCGAUCAGUUUAUAUUAAGCGAUGAAAUCGACCCAGCGUUUUCCAAAUUAGGGAUAUAUGAGGACGAUGGUAAAACCGAGGAAGCCACAUUGUUAAUUAAAGCAUUUGAUCGAAUUAUCAGCGAUACGCGUACAACAGCACAAACGGCCGUCGAUAUAACGAAAGCGAAAUUGACGAUACUUGGAUGUACAACCGGUAAUCGAUAUCCAUUACUGAUGAAACAAUGGUCAUGUCAAAGUCGUCUGGAAGGUGUACAUAAUCGAUUUUGUUACAUGGCAUUGCUUCGUGUCAGAGCUACAAGACCAGAGCAGAUGUUAUAUCGAGUCAAAAUUGAAAAUGCACCGUCUAUUGCUCAUGUGUUGACUGUGUGCCAUUUAUUUGGGGACAUAGAAUAUAGAUUUACGCGCACAGAUUCCGUGUUGCCGACAUUAUUAGGAAUCGACAAUACUCGUCCGAUACAAUCGCCAUCAGCAGCAAUCACAGUCAAAGCAACGCACUCAAGCAUAACAGUUGAUCUAGUUAAGUUAUUGUCGUCAACAACAAGAACUACUGUAACGAAACAGCUAUCGGACGAACAAUUAGACGAUUUUUGUGAUUCAGCCUAUGCUUAUACAUUCAGUAAAACGGCUGAUCAUUUGAAUGCUAUUGAAUCGGAUAAAACAAUACCACUGCAUAUCGAAGCAUUUUAUGCAAAAACUGUGGAAAUUUAUCCAAAAUAUUGUGCAUUAAUACAACUAUUUGUAAAUAUUACAAAAGUCUUACAAAAAAUCGAUCAACAAUUGAUAAUUUUCGAUGAUGGUGAUAAUCUGAACAAACAAAUAUCACAGGAGUUCGUGAGAGCUGCACGAACAGCAAUUAUUGACUUAUUUUUCGGUGCCAAUAUAAAAAAAAUGAAAGUGUUGUUCGAUAUGCCUAAACUAGUACCAAAACCGACAAGUACAACAUUGAUUUCAAAUACAAGUACAUGUCAGUCCACGAAACGUUCACCAUCAUCAUUACAACUAUUACCGAUACAAUCAGAAUUGAGUAAUGUUCAAUCAGCUAUACUGUCGACACAUUUGUCACUACAACUAUCGUCAUUAGAUUCGAGAGAUACCGCACUACAGACCUUAUCACCAUCUACAAGCAAUGUAGCAUCAUUACCAGUAAAUAAUCUGUCUACAACACAAAUAACUGCAACAGCGGCAAUACCAAGCCAAUAUCAUACAACGAGAAAUCAUUGCAAUGAUAACAACAUUAUUCUACACUCGUCAUCAUUCGUACUAGAUAAACAACCAUACACACUAAAUCUCAUCGUAACAUUGAUUGUGAGAACAAAAUGCAAGAACGCAGUGAAAACCUAUACUAGAUGAAAUAACCCAUUUAUAGAUAUUUUCAUCAAAAAUUAAAAACUUUAUAACUUAGUCAAAAUCCAUCCAAACUACUUCAGAAUGUCAAGAUAUACUCUAUUAUAUUCACACAAUCGGAUCCUAUACUUGAGAUAACUAAAAAUCUUCUCUUAGUUUUGAACGUCUCUGUAAAACCUUUCCAAAACCAAGCUGUAUUCUCUUGGUUUUUAAAACAUUAGUUGAGCUUUAAGGUAUACUGUAGAUAAAAUAGUAUAUCUUGGCAUUCUGAAGUAGUUUGGAUGGAUUUUGACUGACGAGGGAAGGCCACCAACUGCCCCAUCGCUUUUGGCUUAAAACCUAGUGGACAAUAGGUAAUCGACCAUGCUAAUGCCGAAUAUGAUAGCCGUUUUCCCCCGCAGGCGUUUUCUAGUCGGUCUCUG